CAAUAAUGUUCGAGCCUCUGCCCUUCUUUAACGGGAGACAUCUGAACUACAGUCAGUUCUUCUUCUACCUAAUCUCACUACUGAUUUUGAUAAUCUUCGUUGUAUUCGGAGGCAUUGAUCUAGCCCUAAAUAUCACUGUAUGGUCCAUCAGAAGGAAGAAUAGUCGAAGAAUAUUCAAGAGAAGAUCGUCUGAUGAAAUGGAGGCUGGAUUUACUCCUUCGUUGAAUAGAGAAAAUGAAGAAAGCCAGGAUCAGGAUGACUUGCCUAUUAAUCAAUCUCGAAAAUCCUCCAAGACAAAGUAUCAUUCUCACAAAAGAGAGGUAGAACGAGAAGAGAUGAAGAAAGAGGUUGAGCUUCAGAAAAGACCAAACAGUUCUGAACUUUCUCAAAACCCGAAAAGGGAUUCCUUUUCGGCAAACAGUCAUGAGGACCCUGAUGAAAAUUCACCUCUGAAUGUUGUUCACGACUCUCAAGAUCAGGAUGAGGGAAUAGAUUAUCUGAAAAGAGAUCCUUCUGAAGUCCGAAUUCUUUACUAUUUCAUCAUCUCUUUCGAAAUAAUCUUAGCAAUAUUAGUGCUCUUUUUCUGGGAUGUGAUGAAUUCUUUUGGUGUCAUAUACCCAGGAGUGCUAUCGCUAUUCAUUAAAAGCUUUAUAGUCCUGGCAUUCAUACCUUUAAUCACCUUGAGAUUUUAUUUCUUAUAUCAGGCUCCCAAAAAGUAUCUUAAUCCUAAUGUUUCCUGGAAGAUCAAAGGGCCUCUGCUCGGAUUAGUAGUAGCAGGGGUGUUCCUUUAUAAUUGGGGAGUAAUGUAUUUCUGGAGAGGAAUUUGCAUUGCUAAUCAUAAUAACGAUAUCAGAGGAUUCCAUUUCUCCAAUUUUGGCAUCACAACAGCCACCACGAGAGGUUGGUACCAUAAUACUUGUCCUGAUAAGGAUAGACCCUGCUUUGUGUACAUAACAUUACCUGAAGAUGCACUUGGAAGUAUCUUUAUAAACUACCAUAUAAAUCUUAAUGCUUGAGAUGGAGAAUGAAACCCUAAACUUGAAUACAGUGAAGUUGACACUGUAGACGAUAUUCCUAAUAUCCAAGAUUGGAACAUUUGAGAGGAAAAUGUUAAAGGGGAGUAUAAAGUUCCUAGUCACGAAUCCUUUGAAAGAAACAUUUUUACAUGCUUACUGAAAAAUUUAAAGGAAUCUAAAGUCUAUGCUUUUAAGAUCACUCAAGAUAAUUGGGAUGCACAACCUCAAAUAUAUUAUCACCAAAACUUUAACACUCAAAGCAUCAAGAUUCUCAAUGGGGGAGAUAUCGGUAACACAAAGCUAGCACAAGAUAUGCAUAAAAAUUCCGUUGCAGAUUUUGAUGCAGAUAUAAUCCUUGUUGGUGGCGAUGUAUCAUAUGAUAACAACUUUGCAACUUGCUUCUAUUGCUAUGACCAUCUUAUGAAGAGACUUCCUUACUUAAGAAAUAAUUUAGGGGUCGAUGCCAUCAAGGUUAUUCCCUUUAUUUUUGCAGUUGGCAAUCAUGACCUUGGAAUUAAUGCUUACAGUGGAAGAAAUUUAUCUAUAGACGAAAAUGAUUCAAGGCCCGUGUUCAAGCAUUACUAUCCUCAAAACACCCAUAUGGAUGGGAUCCCAGACAGAGUGAACAGGAGAACAUUUUAUUCAAAACGGUUCGGGAAUUCAUACUUAAUCUUAUCUCUCGACACUGGAUAUGAAGUAGAAAUGGCUGAGCAAGUGGACUUUAUUAAAACAGAGCUUGAUAAUGACUACACUUACAAGUUUGCCAUGUAUCACCACCCUCUUUACUCUGCAUGAAUGAAGGGGGAGAAGUAUAAGCCAACCGAGCAGGGAAGAACUCUCUGGGUCCCAGAAUUUGAUAGAUACUCGCUCACAAUGUCAUUCGAGAAUCAUGUUCACGGGUUCAAAAGAACCAAACCUCUUAAAGGGGGAAAAGUAGCUGAAGGAGGAACAGUUUACAUUGGAGAUGGCAGCUGGGGACCUAUCAUAGGUGAUUGUAAGCCCAACAACAGAGAUUUAAUGGACAAUAAUAAGAAACUACACCAUGUAUGGCAUCUUGAGAUUGAAGGAAGUAAGCUCAAAGGAUCUGCAUUGAACAAUUACGGAAUGAUAAUUGAUGAUUUCACCAUAAAUGUAUAA